UCCACGCUAACCGAGGCUGCAGCUUCCAACUUCGGGGGGCUCCACGCGGCCCCAACGAGCCCCCCCUAUCACGCAAAGCUCCCCUCGUAAAGUCCCCGCGUCCCUACCGAUCGCCUCGAACCUCUUACUUCAUCAUCAUCACCGCCACCAAUCACACCUCAACCCCUUCGCCCCACCACAACCGCCACCACUACCCCCCCCCCCCUGCGGCCUUGUUUUCAUACCCGCGAGGAGGCGAGGCCCCCGGCAGUGUCGCUAGGCCAGAGCGGUGAUUUCGCGCGGAGCUUCGGGUCCGACGAUUCGUGUUCAAAGCCUUUCGCAAGGCGCCGCUCCCUCACGUGCCGAUGGCGGCGCUCUGCGCGGAGGCGGUGCUGGACCCGCGCGAGGACUUCCCGGCGUGGCUGGGCGCGCACGGCGUGAGCGCCCGCGUGCUGGAGGCGGUCGAGGCCGAGCUCGGCAUCGGCGACUACGAAGCGCUGCUGGCGUGCGCCGCACAGGCGCCCGUGCGCGCCGAGCUCCUCGCCGCCGCCAAGGAGCGCCUGCCCUUCGCCUUCUACGCCGCCCUCCGGCGCGUGGCCGAGCAGGUGGGGCGCGGCGCCGGCGGCUGCGGCGGAGGAGCCGGCGGUUGCGGCGCAGGUCACCACGACGGCUCGCCGGACGCGCUGGCGCUGCACCCGUUCCUGGGCUCGCUGCUCGACACCAUCGUCCGCAUGCUGAGCAACCUGAGCCGCGAGCUGUCGCAUUCGGCCGAGCGGUUCCGUCUGCUGGACGCGGCGGCGUUCUACGGGCACGGCGGCGGCGGUGCCGACGACGACCGGGACACGCGGCUUUCCUCGCCGGGGCACAGCGUGCAGGACGCCGACGGCUACGGGGAGGACGGGGCGGACGCCUCGGCCCUGGACAUGGACGAGGACGGCUUGGCCCCCGACGGCACGGCGGCGGCGGUGGUGCGGUGGUCACGCGGGGUCAGCUCCGCGAGCCUUCACGACGGCGCCCUCCAGCCGCCCGAUCCCCACGUGGCCGCGGUGGGACCGUCCGCGGGCGGAGCUGGCGAGGCCGAAGCUGACGACGCGGCGGGGGCGGCGGACGCUUGGAGAGCGGCGAGUGUGAAGACCGAACCGCUCCAUGAAGGGGAGAAGUCCGGCGCCGCCGAGGGCAGCCUGGCAUGCGAGCUGGACGAAGCCAGCGCCUUCUGCCAGGGGGCGGUGGAGACGCAAGACGACGACUACGACGAGAACGACGACGACGACAUCGACGACAACGACGACAGAGGAGGAGGAGCGACUCCGGGCCGAGCGCCCCGCUGGGGGAGCCUCGAACGCGGCGCCGCCAGCUGGGCCGAGCGGGCUCACGAACCGCCCGAUAGGUGGCCGGGAAAUUUCCACCCUCCGCUGCCGAAGUUGGAAAGUUCAGAAGGUGAGGACCACGGCGGGGGCGGCGGCGGCGGCGGGGUCGCUGGGCGCGUGGCGGUGACGGCGCAAGGCCCGGGCGGCUCGCUGGCACGCGGGGGCCGCCACCAUUCGCCCCCCGCCGCGCCCUGGCCCGCCUCGUCGUCGUCAUCGGCGUCGGCGGCGCCCGAGGCGAGCGUCGCGACGAUGUUCUGCAAGAAGUGCGGGCAGCGCUUCAGCAGCGAGCGCUACCUGCGGCGGCACGAGAUGACGCACGGCACGGUGAAGCCGUUCGCCUGCGAGGAGUGCGGCCGCAGCUUCCUGCGCUCGUCAGACCUGCGCAUUCACCGCAGGAUCCACACGGGGGAGCGGCCCUUCGUGUGCACCGAGUGCGGCCGUCGCUUCACGCGCUCGUUCAACCUCGCGCGUCACCGCAGGACCUGCGUCAAGUACUGACGGGGGGGCCCCGACACGCUACGCCGAGACUCGGCCACGCGAUGAUGGGCCCUGCCAAGCUGGCUCCGUGUUUGUUCAAACGGCGGCGGCGGCCGCCACGAAGGAAGUUGCGGACCGACGCCGGGAGCGCGCGGCGUCUGCGCCGUCGCCACGAGAAGAUUGAGUCGCGGGAGGAGCGAGCGCGGGCUGUAGGGGAAGCCCAGCCCGGGCCGGGGUGACGGUGGACAGGACUGGAGUUGCACGGCGAGAGUGCGUGCAGAGCGUUGGCGAAAACGUGGCAGCUGCUGAAAAAUUAAAAGUAUCCUCCGAUCGCUACGGACGAUGACAGUGGAAAGGUGACCUUCCCGAGUUGCGCCAUCAGACCCCGUCCGCUUGAAGGAACGGGCCAGACCCUGCGACCGGACGCAACUUUGUCUUCCUGAGAAAAUGAGGGAAUGAACAGCCGGUGGUGCGGGAGGAGGGUGCUGGUGCUCAUGCCGCACCUCGCCGGGCCGCGGGUCUCACACGGCGUUAUUUUAUUUUUUUACUUGCUGCAAAGUGCUUUUAUUUCAUUCAAUUUUUUGUCGGUUUUCGAUCGCAACGCCGCCGUGAAUCUAUUACAAUUCAAUUAAUUCGAAACUUAAAUCCCCCCCCCCCCCCUCCCCGUGACCACAAG